AUGGAGUUCAACCCUACUAGAGCCGUUGUUCAUAACGAAGGUUGCGACCUGCAUUACUGGUACCAGGGCAAGGGGCCGCUCAUCACCUUCGUCCCGGGCGGCAACGGCCAUGGACGGCAGUUCAACAACAUGAUUGCCACCUUAUCCGACAGGUAUACCUGCGCCACCUUUGACCGUCGCCAGAUGUCGGCAAGCAAGGUCGAGGUCAAUAAAAAGCUCAGCAUUCCGCAGCAAGCCCGAGACAUCCGCGCCGUCAUUAAGGCCGUGGGCUUCGAGAAGUCGAUCGUCUUCGGGAGCAGUAGCGGAGCCAUCUUCUCCUACCAUCUCGCCCACGACUUCCCCGAGAUGGUCGACCACCUGAUCGCCCACGAGGCACCCACCAUCAACAUCCUCCCCGACGCCUCCGAGGUGUUCGAAUGGUUCCUCCACCUCAUGGAGGUCUACGAGACCCAAGGCCUAGACCAGGCCGCCGGCGAGUUCGGCGCCAAGCUGCUCGGGUACGACGACGAUGGCGUUCCCAAGACCGUUCCCCCCGAGCCCGAGAACCUGCGCAAUUUCUGGGACAACGAGUUCCCCGUCCUGCUGGGCUACACGCCCAAUCUCUGGCGUCUGAGGCAGAAGAAUACCAGCAUCGGCGUCAUGAGAGCCGUCAGGUCGAGGGAUGCCUGGUUUGCGAGGGCAGUCGAGGAGCAGGCAAAGAUCCUGGCAUGCACCAAGCUGCUGGUCCCGGGACACCACCAGGGGUUCGAGGUCGAGACUAAGGAGUUUCUGCCUUAUUUCCUGUACAUGCUGGAGAUUUUGGAGGACAAGAGGAGAGGAGUGUAG